AUGGAAUGGCCCGUUGAACGUCUCAAAUCCGCCGCAGAGCAUGAGGAUGACGUGCCUGCUGGGGAUAUGGCACCCAUGUUUGCGGCUGCACCAGCUCCCGCAGAACCCUCUGACCAAGGACAACAGUCGAUUCCCGACCAAAUACGGGCUAUGUGUGCAAACGCACACCGGCAAAAAAGACUGCGUUUGAAUGCGGCAGCAGGUGCUGCUGUGACUGCUCCUGCGACUCCUCCUUCAAUUGAUCCGGCAUUGAACAGAGCCUUCCACGGCUCACAAGGACCCCAAAUUUUCUUCGCAGAAGGCGCAAGUUCCGGGGGAGAUACAGAGCCGCUUUUGCCAUUAGAUGAAAGCAAUAGCCGUGCUAAUCUAGUCGGCCGGAUAGGUCCCGAGAUCCAGUUUGGAGAGUGUGGCAGAAAGCCGCGCUGGGUGGUUGUGCCUGCUCCUCGUGACGUGGUGAACACGUUUGACUGGAGGCUGGAGGCCGGCUCGCCCAAUCUAUGGAACGGUCUUACGCAUGAGCAGCUGGUUGAGUACGCUUACAUGUACCUCGAGCACGCACUCGAUGACGCGGUAUUCAGGGAGCGCUUCCGGCGGGAGAUUGAAACUGGCUCGUUUUCCCAUUGUUUACCGCCUUAUGUCGAGGAUGUGCUGCCUCCUCUUCCAGGUGCUCCUAUUACUGAUUGGUUUUGGGAUACGGAUGAGACGUACUUCUACUAUAAACAUCAAAGUCCGUUUGUGGCGUUGAGGUCAGGAGUCCAAGGGUAUCAGGUUGAUGGCAAUAGCCCUAUUGUUGGAGGAAGGCGAUCGGUUGAGAGCCCCAAUGGGCAACUAUCUGAGAAUGAACAGGCUCCGAGCCAAGUCGUCGAAACUGCCGGGCCUUCCGAGUAUUAUAACGUUGUUCAAGAGCAGCCACCGCAGCUUACAUGCGCCUGGGAUCAUGCAAAUGGAGAUCCAGCCAGACACCCUUUCCACGAGAAUAUAUUUAUGGGACCCGUCACUCCUGCACCGAGGUAUAUGGUGAAUGGACCUUCGAAUAACCCUCCAAACGGACUACCCAGGGUUAACUUUUCAGAUGCCAUGCGACCAGCAAGAACAAAGCAAACCGCCAAAAAAACAGCACGAACCCCUCCUAAAGAGCCGAAUGCCAAUAAUAAACCUGCAGACGAAACAGAAUUUAUGCGAUUCGAAAGAGAAGCCAUAGAAAGUCUGCAAGACAAGAAAGCAUGUGCGGAAACAUUUCCCAGGCGUACUUUCCGGCGCUUCAGGCCAUGGGCUGGUUACGAGGAUGCGACGAAGUAUAUUAAAAAGGAGGAUCUGGCGCGGCUGUCUCGGUUCCCAACAGCCCAGAGAGCUUUUAAUACACAGGUUGAUGUGAGGGCAGUUCCCACGUCGAAAAAAUCGCGUAUAUCAAAAUCUGCGAAGUCUCUGAAGACUACGAAGGUUGCAAAGACAGCGAAAACAGCGAAAACAGCAAAGACCGCGAAGACGGCUACGACAGCUACGACAACAAACACAGCCGGGACUCCCGAAACACCGAACGAUGGAAAUCCACGCAGAAAUCCGCCACGAAACCGUCGCAAGCCAAAGCGCUACGUGGAUUAA